ACUCACUGAUAGACGUUUCCCAAGUGGUCAUCACGCACAUGCGCAGUAGCAAACCGGAAGUUCUUUUAUGCUUCAAAGCGGCACCGAGGACACAGUUCAGCAGAAAUGAUCGCUAAAGUGAUUGGUUCAAAAUUUGCGUCCAUCGCCAAAACAUGGGUCCCCACUCUGGCUGUGUGGGGCACAGUGGGAGGUGUAGCUGUGGUCCACUUCACAGACUGGCGGGUGUUUUUGGAUUAUGUUCCCUACGUCAGCGGCAAAUUCAAGAAUGACAAAUAGUGGAACUCAGGUUGCUGCCGGUGUUAAACAAAGACUUGAAUGAUGAAUAACUGCUUCAGCCCGUACGUUGUGUGCCCUGCAGGCCACUUGAGGGUGCCAUCUUCAUCCUGCAGCUCAUUGUACUGUUCACCAUCAACAUCCAUGGAAAUGCACUGGACUUGUCAUUUCAAUGUUCAUCAACCAACAAAAGAAACUUGUAUAGAAGAAAUCCGAGAACACCAAUGACAAACAGAUGUUAGUUUUUUUCCCCCACUUAGAUUGGGGGUCAGGUAUUAAUUUUAUUCAUCAGUUUUCUCUGGGUCACCCUGAUUCUUAAUUAGAAAUAUCUUUCUAUGUCACACUGAAAUGUUUUGGAAGAGAAGAAGUAAAGUAUAUGAGAUGUAUCCGA